UUCCGGUUGUUGAAGCUGCCGCUAUUGCCAACUUAUUUGCAACUUUCCAUUCUGCACAUUACUCAAAAUCAAGUCUUAAUUCGCCUGGUUAACUAGAAUAAGUCAAUGAACUGGUUUGGUUUUGGUUUCAAUAGCUUUGGUCAGAUAAGUCCGGCUGAUGAGAGUGGACAGGUAAACUGUAAAGUGAGCACACCUGUGCUGUUAUCAGACGCGUGUACAUCAUGUAUGAUCAGAUCAGACUGUAGAGUGAAUGUGAGCUGGAGCACGAGAGCUGAUGUGCAUCAGACACACGGGGGCGUUCAUGUGUGUUUGUCAGGGUUUGUAUGUGGCCCAUCAGGACAGGUGUGCAGAGAGCUCGUUCCAGAGAGUGAGGGGUGCACAGAUGCCCUCAUCAGCGAGAGAUAUCUGACGCUCCGCUUCACAGACAGAGUGGAAUGCUGGGAAAUACAGCACCCCAAAAACAAGCUCGUUUGGAAGAGGGAACAAGACCCCUCACAUAACACUGGAAAUGCUGUUACGCUGCCGUUGGUGCCAGGCGGGUAUGUCAUGCCCAGGCCUCCAUUUUUCCGUCCUCUCUGCUCUAAACUCUCUGCUGUAAGCCUGGCGCUGGGCACAGAACACGCUGUUCUGCUGACGGACCCUGGCGCUGUGUAUACCUGGGGAUCAGGAAGUCAUGGUCAGCUGGGUCACGGUACUCUGACGUCACAGGAGGAACCUCAAAUUGUGGAGGCACUUUGGGGAGUUCCCAUCAAAGUCGUGUCUGCCGGGGGAUGGCACUCUGCUUCCAUCAGUGCUGGUGGGGACCUGUAUAUGUGGGGAUGGAAUGAAAGUGGGCAGCUCGGACUGCCAUCUAGAGGCCUAAAGGAGGAAAAGCUCGGACGAAAAAGCAGUGGUGAAACUGACUUGGUCCUCAGUGAAACUGAAGAAAAGAGUGCAACAGAAGUGUUCAUCUCAAUUCAAGCGUUUCCUGCACUAGUGGAUAUUCCUCAAGUGUCGGAAAUCAGCAGAGUCGGCUGUGGAUCUCGCCAUACAGCUGCCAUCACAAAUACGGGGGAUCUGUACACAUGGGGAUGGGGUCAUUAUGGUCAACUGGGACAUGGCUUUGAAAAUAGUACAGAUGAACCAACGCUGGUGGGAUACUUCCCAAGUCAUGGAUUGUGUGUUAAGGAUGUUGUUUGUGGGUUGUGGAACACUUUCGUAUCUGCAGUAACAAAAGAGCAAUCUCCCCCCUGAUUGAAAUACUGUA